AUGGUAGUGGGAGUUCAGCAUAGGCGAUUGGUCCAAUUAUUGUAUUAUAAUUUUUCAUUCAUUCUACAGGAAUUAGAUAGAACUCUACCUGUUCUCAGCCCAGACAAAGCAGUGUUAGAUGCUCCUCCACCAAAUGACAUCCAGGUUACCUGGAUUGGUCAUGCAACUGUGCUCAUUCAAAUGGACGGUCUUAAUAUUCUCACAGACCCGGUGUUCAAUUAUUACUGUGGUAUUGCUAGUAUGAUUGGAGUGAAACGAUAUCGUCCUGUCCCUUGCACUGUGGAUGAACUUCCUGAUAUUGACGCUGUUUGUAUCAGUCACAACCACUAUGAUCACCUUGACUACAACACAGUCUGUAACCUUAACAAGAGAUUUGGCAAUAAAAUUCAUUGGUUUGUGCCAAUGGGACUUCUUAAAUGGAUGACAGAUUGUGGAUGUGAAAAUGUAGUUGAACUUGAGUGGUGGGAAGAACAUCCCCAUCCUAAAUUUACAGAUGAAAGCAAAGCAGUAAAGUUUGCCUUUACUCCAGCACAGCAUUGGUGUCGCAGGGGAUUAAAUGACACUAACAAGGUGUUGUGGGGUAGCUGGUCAAUUAUCGGUCCACAACAUAGAUUCUACUUUGCUGGUGACACUGGUUAUUGCCACAUUUUUAAGCAGAUUGGCAAGAGAUAUGGACCAUUUGAUCUGGCUGCAAUUCCCAUUGGAGCUUACCAACCAAGGGGAUUGAUGGAAUUCCAGCAUAUUGAUCCUCAAGAAGCAGUUGAGAUCCAUGAAGAUAUCCAAUCCAACUUUUCUCUUGGUAUUCACUGGGGAACCUUUAAUCUAUCCUAUGAGCAUUAUCUUCAGCCACCUAAAGAGCUGAGGGAAAUACUGCACAGCAAGGGAAUUCCACAAAAAGAAUUUCAUACAAUCAAACAUGGAGAAGUCAAAGUCAUUACCAAGGAAGAUACAAAGUUGACUGAAGCUCGGCGUAAUGCUGUCGUGUUUGAAUCAGCCACUUAAUAGCCAUGUGCAAUUUAAGGAAAUAAAUUAUAAUUUAAUCUUAGUUAGAAAGGUUGUGUUUUAUGAAAAGUGAUAUUUAUUGGCCAAUGUAGUAACAGGCACAAAUUUUUAAUUAAAUUUAAAAUUCAAGUUCUCGUAGGAGGCAAUGCAUUAAAAAAAAUUCAAUAAAAAGGAGCAUUUUUCCCAAUAUUGCCUCAGUAAGAAUUUUAGUCUGGCUACAGCCUUUACUAAAUACUAAAUGUAGCAAAUUUCAAUUCAUCUCACUCAAUAUUCAAUUCUGUUUUCUAUAUUUAACUGUUUGUUCAAUUUUCAGCUGUUAUUCAGAAUUCAACACUUUUAUUCAACAUUCAACUUAUCAUCCAACAUUCAAUUAUUCAAGAUAUUUAAUAUUCAAUUUUUUAGUCAAUAUUAUUGAAAACUCUUUAUUCAGCAUUCAAUUCUUUAUACAAUCUUCAACUUUUUACUCUUUAUUCAACAAUCAACUAUUAUUGAAUAUUCAACUUUUUGUACAGUUUCCAACUUUUUCUUCAACAUCUGAUGUGGAAAGUUAAUGUUUUCACAGGCAGGGAAACCUCCUUGAACUGAUUAAACUUCCUUCGAGAAAAACUUUCCUUCAGAUGGUCAAACCAGGCAGGCAACAAUCUUCCAGCACGUUAAUUUACUCAGUGCGAUGCCAUCAACGAACCCCCCUGGGAAGACAAAGAGUUCUAAAAUGUGGGGUCAAAUCUGUCAAGAAUGUUUUUUUUUGUACCUCAGUGUUGUUGAAAAACAAACAAACAACUGGAGUCUUUUUUAAAAAAGGCCACAGCAUCUCUGGUUUCAAAGCAGAAUUUUUGACAAAAACUGGGACUAGCUCCAGUUUAAAGUAUGGAUCACUUGGCCCAACAUGGAUUUAUGUAACUUUGCUAAUAAUUAUGUAGUUCUAACUAGGAGUUUUAAAAGUGUUUUUUAAAGGUGCUAUCAAUCAGAAACAAGCCUUUUAAAAAUAUUUGGAUAGUUUGGGCUGCACAGCUAGCUCUUGAAUAGCUUGUGAAUAGUAUUAAUUAAGAAGGACUUAAUAGCUACAGGAAUACUGAAACUUGAACCUGUGUGUGCUAUUAAUUGUAGUGUUGUAUAGUAUUUUAUAAUCAUGGGAAAUUAAGUUUGGUUAAACGA